AUGUUGGGCCCUUCAAACAGAGACAACAGUCAACAACGUGAAAGAUGGAGGUGCUCUUUCCCUCUUGAAUCGGUGAUGGGUAUUGGAUGGAAACCAAUAUAUAAACCUCAACUCCGCGUUGAAAUACUCAACCCCUUUGUCUCUCUUUUGUCAAAUACAGAAGUUCAAGCUUGCAUUCUCAGAGUUCAUAUCCACAAAGGUGUAAACCUUGCAAUUCGAGAUCUACGUAGCAGCGAUCCUUACGUUAUCAUCCGAAUGGGAAAACAGAAAUUGAAGACUCGAGUGGUGAAGAAAAACCUAAAUCCUGUGUGGGAUGAAGAUUUAACUCUCUCGAUUGUAGAGCCUCUUCCCGUUAAACUCGAAGUAUACGAUAGGGAUCUAUUUUCAGCAGAUGAUAGAAUGGGGGAUGCAGAAUUCGACUUCACUCCAUUCUUGGAAGCUGUGAGGAUGCGUUUGAAUUCUGAUAUCUUAAACAACACGAUCAUCACAACUGUGAAACCAACGAGGACGAAUUGCUUGGCUGAAGAAAGCUACAUAACAUGGACAGAUGGAAGAGUUGUCCAAAACAUGGUUCUUAGAUUACGAAAUGUUGAAUGUGGUGAAAUUGAAAUUAAAUUGAGUUGGAUCGAUGUUCCUGGUGGUGGUAAUAAACGUAUGUAAUUACUAAUUAGCCCUUACUCCAUUGAUAUAUGCUUGUGUAGUUAUUUCAUUCGUUUACAGAGGUCUAUGUUGUAGUAGUAGUAGAUUCAAACAAUAUCUCUGAUUUUAUGUUAACAAUGGAAUGGUAUUUUAGGGUUUUGAUCGAUGUCAAAACACUUGUUUUUUAUCUGCAUUGAUGAUCGUUUGUUCCAUUUCUUUGUAAACUUGCUAAAUCUAAAUAUGAGAUUCAAGAACAUCUGGA